AUGGAGAAGAAAUGGAUGGGUUUGUCUUGGUCUCUCGGGGGUUUGGGAUCAAUCGUGGUUUUGGUUGCGCAACCAAAAAUCGUGGAUGCAAUGUCAUGUGAAGAUGCAACAACAGCCUUUCUGCCUUCUAAACAUCUUCCUCAAAAAUGUGGUGUUAGUGUUCUUGUUCCCAUUGAUCCUACCACUAACUGCGACACGUAA